AUGGCUCCUGUCAUUACAAGACCCCCCUCGGAUGAGAACCUUUCUACUUCAUACAAUGAGACCAUCCCAUUGGGUGAGUAUCUCUUUCUUCGAAUUGCUCAGGCAAACCCUAAGAUGAAGUCUAUUUUCGGUAUUCCUGGUGAUUUCAACUUGGCAUUGUUGGAGCAUUUGUACUCAGAUUCUGUUGCAACCGGAAAAAACCUCGAGUUUGUUGGUAUUUGCAAUGAGCUUAAUGCCGCAUACGCUGCUGACGGCUACUCUAAAGCCAUCGAUGGCUUGAGCGUGUUAAUUACAACUUACGGAGUCGGUGAGCUCUCGGCUCUUAACGGGAUUGCCGGAGCCUUCGCUGAAUUCGCUCCUGUCUUACAUAUUGUUGGUACAACUGCUUUGAGACAGAGUUCCCAGGCCCAGAGAGUCAGCUCUCCUUCAGAAAUCGUUAACAUCCACCAUUUGGUGCAGAACAAAAACGCUUUGGCUCCACCUAACCACGAUGUCUACAAGCGUGUGGUGGAGGACUUCUCCGUUGCUCAAGAAACUUUGGACUCUGAUAAUUCUGUGGAGAACCUUGCAAGAAUUGACAGAGUUAUCUCCACCAUUUUGCGUGAGAGAAGACCAGGAUACUUGUUCGUUCCAAGCGACAUGCCCAACACUUUGGUGCCAAGAUCGCACUUGCAAGUGCCAUUUGCAUUCAGCGAACUCAACGAUGAACAGCUCUUGAAUAACCUCUCCCUGAGAAUCUUGUCUAAGUUGUAUACUGCUGAGAAGCCUUCCGUGCUCUCCGACACCUUGACUACUCGUUUUGGCGUCCAGGAUGCAUUGAAUGAUUUCGUCGAAAAAUUGCCAGUCAACUUCGUGAAGUUGUUCUCUACUGCUAUGGCCAGAAACGUCGAUGAGACUUUGCCUAACUUUGUUGGUGUCUAUCAGGGCUUCUUGAGUGCUGAUGAUGCUAUUGUCAACAGCAUGGAGAAGGAUACCGACUUCUUGUUGACGCUCGGUGCAUUGAACAACGAGAUCAAUUCUGGAAGAUACACAGUGGACACAAGCAACAUCAAGGAUAGAGUGGACGUGCAUCCUGACUAUGUUCUUAUCGAUGGCGAAUAUGUUAAUUUGAAGAACUCGGAAGGUUAUAGGGCCUUUUCAAUCGGAGACUUGCUCAGCAAAUUGUCCAGUGAUUUUAACGCCAAUAAGUUCCUGUUCAACGACGGAAAGAUCAAUAACAUCAACUACAAAUACGCUCCUCAGCAAUUCUCCUUAAAAGAUACUGUUGACGAGAGAGUAAUCACACAGAACAAGUUGACAGACUUCUUCAACAACUACUUGCAGGAAGACGACAUCUUGAUUGUGGAAACUUGCAGCUUCUUGUUUGCAGUGUCAGAUCUUAGCUUCCCCAAGGGAGUUCAAUUCUUCUCGCAGAACUUCUACGGAUCUAUUGGCUAUGCUUUGCCAGCUACUUUGGGAUUGUCUCGUGCAGUUAGAGAUUUGGGAAGCAACAGAAGAGUGAUUUUGGUGCAAGGAGAUGGAUCUGCGCAGAUGACAAUUCAGGAGUUGUCGUCCUUUUUGAGAUACGAUGUGCAGCCACCCAAGAUCUUCCUUUUGAACAACGAGGGAUACACGGUGGAGAGAAUUAUCAUGGGUCCCACGCGGUCGUAUAAUGAUAUCCAGGAUACUUGGAGAUGGACUGAUUUCUUCAAGAUUUUUGGAGACGCAAAGGGAGCCCAGCAUGUUAGCACGAUAGUUGACACGCCUGCGCAAUUGCAAGAAGUGAUGGAGCGUGGAGAGAGCGGAAAGAUUGAGAUGAAUGAGUUGCGGUUGCCCAAGUUCGAUGUUCCAGUUCGGUUUAAGAGAUUGUUGGGGCAAUAG